GGGCCACCGCUGCUGCUGCUCGCGCUGUGGCUGCAGGGCCGGGGGGGCAGCGCGGCGCCCGCGCCCCGCACGGAGGAUCUGAGUCUGGGAGUGGAGUGGCUGAGUCGGUUCGGUUACCUGCCCCCGCCGGACCCCGUGACAGGGCAGCUGCAGACCCAGGAGGAGCUGGCCAAGGCCAUUGCAGCCAUGCAGCGAUUCGGGGGCCUGGAGGCCACCGGUGUCCUUGAUGAGGCAACCCUCAAGCUGAUGAAGACACCACGCUGUUCUCUACCAGACCUGGCUGUACCCGGGGCCCGGAGGAAGCGGACCACCCCCGCCCUAACCAAAUGGAACAAGAGAAAUCUGUCCUGGAGGGUCCGUACGUUCCCACGGGAUUCCUCCCUGGGCCGGGACACGGUCCGGGCACUCAUGUACUAUGCCCUAAAGGUGUGGAGUGACAUCACGCCGCUCAACUUCCACGAGGUAGCAGGGAGCAACGCCGACAUCCAGAUUGACUUCUCCAAAGCAGACCACAAUGAUGGGUACCCCUUCGAUGGCCCCGGGGGCACCGUGGCCCAUGCCUUCUUUCCCGGAGAUCACCACACUGCUGGAGAUACUCACUUUGAUGAUGAUGAAGCCUGGACUUUCCGAUCCUCAGAUGCUCAUGGGACGGAUCUCUUUGCUGUGGCUGUCCACGAGUUUGGCCAUGCCAUUGGACUCACCCACAUCUCAGCCAUACAGUCCAUCAUGAGACCCUAUUAUCAGGGUCCUGUGGGCGACCCCCUGAAAUAUGACCUGCCCUAUGAGGACAAAGUUCGCAUCUGGCAACUGUACGGUGUCCGGGAGUCAGUCUCCCCUACAGCCAAGCCAGAGGCCACUGAGACUGACAAUCACCCCUUUCUCCCAGAGCUCCCAGACAAUCGCACCACAGUACCGCUAAGGAAGGACGUACCCCAUCGGUGCAAUGCUAACUUUGAUGCUGUGGCCCAGAUCCGAGGGGAGGCCUUCUUCUUCAAAGGCAAGUAUUUCUGGAGGCUGACCCGGGACAGGCAUCUGGUCUCUCUCCAGCCUGCCCAGAUCCAUCGCUUCUGGAGGGGUCUCCCAUUCCACCUGGAUAGUGUGGAUGCUGUCUAUGAGAGGACCAGCGACCAUAAAAUUGUCUUCUUUAAAGGAGACAGAUACUGGGUCUUUAAAGACAAUAACGUUGAGGAAGGAUACCCUCGGCCUGUCUCCGACUUCAGCCUCCCGCCAGGUGGCAUCGAUGCUGCCUUCUCCUGGGCCCACAAUGACAAGACUUAUUUCUUUAAGGACCAUCUGUACUGGCGCUAUGAUGACCACGCUCGGAGGAUGGACCCUGGGUAUCCCGCAGAGAGCCCUCUGUGGAGGGGGAUCCCCAGCAUCCUGGACGAUGCCAUGCGCUGGUCUGAUGGAGCCUCGUAUUUCUUCAGGGGCAAAGACUAUUGGAAAGUACUGGACAGUGAGCUGGAGGCUGCCCCCGGCUACCCACAGUCCACCGCCAAAGACUGGUUGGUGUGCAGCGAUUUGCAGGCUGACGGCCCUGAAAAUGAAGUCAGAGCCGAGGGAGCCAGGACUGGGGCCCGCUCGAGGCCCGGCCAGCAUGACGAGAGCCGCUCGGACAGUGGUUACGAGGUCUGCUCCUGCACUUCCAACGCUUCCUCUUUGGGGCACAUUUCCAAGCUGCUCUUGGCCCAGCUGGCUCUGGCCGGCAUCUGGACAGCAACCCUGAUGGCUGCGACGCUUUGAUAGCACUGGUGCUGGGCUGGGAGAGGGAAGAGCAGGGGUUGCCCCCCCUCCACCAGGGACCACUCACAGCCAACAUCAAGGGCAGGGGCCCCCCCGCCCAGGGCUGGUGAGAUAUUCUCCAGGAGAAAAUGGCGCAGUUUGGAGUUGCAAUCAACUCUUUUCUUUUAAUUCAGCCCAUGGCCCAAAGCUCUUCCAUCCUGGCCUCUCAGAAACCAGAGGCCCCUGGAACAGGUGGGAGUGGGGAGGAUGGGAAGCAACAAGGAACACCAAGUCUUCCACCCUCCUGGACGGGCUGGUCAGACUCUGGCCAGUCAGUAAAUUUUCAAGGCUGUUGGACACAGAAGGGCACAGGGUGAGGCUCCUACAUCAUUCUUCCAAGCCAGAAAAAUGCCUCCACAAGGAAAACCAAUCCUGUUACCCUAUGUCUGAAGCAAAGGCCCAGCUGUCUGGGCCCCUUCCUGGGAAGUGAUCAUCUCUGACCACUAUUUUCCCUUCCCCCAGGGAAAGGGCUCACAGAGCAGGGGGAUCCCAAGACCAUCCUGCUCUAUUUUCCCCUCAAGGAGGCUUCCCAUGCUCAGCUGAGUAUCAAGAAGCAUCAGCAAGCCCAUCCCAUCUCCCCCAGUGGCCAUCUUGACCUCACAGUUCAGAUGGGAGAACAGGGUACAAACGCAGCUUGCUAUCUGUCUUUUAUUUGGAAACAUCCAAGUCUUUUCAGUCAGGACUCCCCUCAGUUCUGAAACAGUCCUCUCCCUGGUAUUUCCCCACCCAGAGGCAUGGGCUCCAGGGGAUAGAAUAUGAGUUAAGAGACUCAUCAAAGAAUAGCUCAGUCCCGCAAGAAGUGAGCAGUUGUUUGGCCACUGCUGGUCUAGUUCCGAGGCCCAUUUUCCUGGGAAGGCAGGACACAAUAUCCCCUGCAGGCAGUUCAACAGAAACUUCCCAAAAGGCAGGUGAGGAGUGAACUAGCUUGGAGAUCUUCAGAAGGUAGACAUCUAGGGAUUGCCUCAUUGUCUCUGUGUGGUAUUUGAAUCAAACACAAUCUCUUCCUGCUUUGUAUACAGCUCUGGUGUUUGAGUUUCUUGCUGUGUAGACUCAUCCUGCUUCUUGAUUUGUCAGCCUGAGUGUGUCUAUGUUUCUAAACUCAGGUCUAUCCUGGCUCCAAGUCCAGGGCUAUAGCUACUGCCCAGAUGCCCCUCACCGAGAAGUUUGUAACCUUGAGACGAGUCCCAUCUCCAGCUGGAGGGUGGGAGUGGAUUCUAGGGCGCAUCAAACACUUACUAAGUAUGUUCAUGAGGACAGAUCACUUCUCUCUGGGCCUCAGAGGUUCCCUCAUCUGUAAAAUGAAGGAGUUGUACAAGAUGAUUUCUAAGGUCCUUUCCAUCUCUGUCCAUCACUGGUCCUCAAAGUGUGAUGCCUUUUUGAAGGGUCUGCAAGGUCAAAACUAUUUUUACAAUAAAUAUUGAAGUUUUAAUUUCUAAUACAA